AUGCGUCGGAUUGAGUCGGGUGCGAUACUUAAACCCAUAAACAUCUACAACCUAAGUUCGCGGAAACGCCCAGACGACAAGAAACCGAGAACGCAAAACCCAAAUCCGAACACAUACGCUAGCAGUAAUAAGAAGAAGAAUACGACGAAUUACAACAAUCAGAACCGACGAGGCAGUUAUAGUAAGCCUACGGAGACGACUAAGAACUGGACCCAGGGCACGUCCAAAUAG